CAAUCCUUCCACUACUUCCAUUCUUGCCUGGCUUGGAGCUCUACCAGGACAAUAAUAGUGUAACUUAAGGUAUGUGACACUAUUCCAGCUAUAACCCUUCCUCGAGUACCAUGAUGAGCACUUUUAUUGGAGCUGUCCUACCUUUUCCAUGAGGACAAACUCAUAAAUACGCAACUUUAACUACCUGACUUUCCUCUUCUCUCUACACUCAGCCAUCCGCAGUUCCUCUAGUGAAUACUGCUAACAUUAUCCAGGGCCUUCCAGAAGCUAGUUUAAAUAUCCUCCCUGUCACCAACACUACCUCAUUCUUUUCUUAGAGCACUCUGGAUUCCUUCUCGUAAUAUAGUCAUAAAACACUCUAAUAGCAAAAUAAAUAUGGCUUCUGAUCCUAGACUGGCAAGAAAUGAGUCGGCCACUCCCACCUCAGUUCCUCCUCCACCUCCGCCCCCUCCGCCAGAGUCUGCCUCGUCCAAUCUUCCCUCUACCAUGGACGGCCAGGCAGACGUUGGAGCCGCGGUGACACCGUCAGAAUCUGGUUCAUACAAACUGAAGUUCUGCACAGUCUGUGCCUCAAAUCAGAACAGAUCGAUGGAGGCUCAUAUGCGUCUCUCGACUGCACCGACUCCUUAUCCGGUAAUAUCUUUCGGUACCGGUUCGUUGGUACGACUACCUGGCCCGUCUAUUACUCAGCCCAAUGUCUACAACUUCAACACCGUUUCUUACGCCCAAAUAUACGAUGAGUUGUAUCAGAAGGACCCAAGGCUAUAUCGAAACAAUGGGCUCCUGAAUAUGCUCGAGCGGAACAAGAACGUGAAGUGGGGUCCCGAAAGAUUUCAAGAUUGGGUACCAGGUCUGCCACGGUUAGAUCAUGUAUCCAAGGGCGAUAAAGGCGCCUUGGGAACAGAAGGUGGUAUUGUCGACGUGAUUAUCACCUGCGAAGAGCGAUGCUGGGACGCUGUUGUCGACGAUCUUAUGAACAAAGGAUCACCCCUCAAUCGCCCAGUGCACGUCUUCAAUGUUGACAUCAAAGAUAAUCAUGAAGAGGCCCUCGUGGGAGGUAAAGCCAUACUCGACCUUGCCGACAGAUUGAACGAGGCUGCCAACCAAGAGCGCCAGGCGAACGGUACUAUCGGCUGGGGAAACGGUACUGGCGAGGCAAGACGAAAUUUCGACGAACGAGUCCCAGAAAUAUUGGCUGAGUGGCAGGAAAAAUGGCCCAACUUUCCGUCGUUAUGGACGUUGGCUUGGCUUUGAAUCGACAACACGAGGCAUUUGCAUGAUGGGUGUAUUAAUAGCAUGGCGUUUGAGGAUAUCAUGGAUGGAUUUAUGGGCCCCCAUCUUCAUUUCUGGGUUCGACAUGGCAUAGUGAAAACCAUAUCUGCGAGCGGAGCU